CUGGGGAAAGGGUCGUUGUGUCUCUGUGCGGCGGCCUCCCCCUCUGGACGGGAAACCGGUGGGAGAGGACGACGGCCGGAGGAGGGAGGAGGCGGCCCUAGCGCCAUUUUGUGGGAGCGAAGUGGUCGCUGGGCUGCUCUUGGAUUCCUCGCUGCUUCAGUUUCUCUGUCGGGCUUCCUAGCAGCGGCCUAGCGGACAAGCAAAGAUGUCCGAAUAUAUUCGGGUAACCGAAGAUGAGAAUGACGAGCCCAUUGAAAUACCAUCAGAAGACGAUGGGACAGUGCUGCUGUCCACAGUUACAGCCCAGUUUCCAGGGGCAUGUGGGCUUCGCUACAGGAAUCCUGUGUCUCAAUGUAUGAGAGGUGUCCGUCUGGUAGAAGGAAUUCUGCACGCCCCUGAUGCUGGCUGGGGGAACCUGGUGUAUGUUGUCAACUAUCCCAAAGAUAACAAAAGGAAAAUGGAUGAAACAGAUGCUUCAUCAGCAGUGAAAGUGAAAAGAGCAGUCCAGAAAACAUCUGAUUUAAUAGUGUUGGGCCUCCCGUGGAAAACAACUGAACAGGAUCUCAAAGAAUAUUUUAGUACCUUUGGAGAAGUUCUUAUGGUUCAGGUUAAGAAAGAUAUUAAAACUGGUCAUUCAAAAGGGUUUGGCUUUGUUCGUUUUACGGAAUAUGAAACCCAGGUGAAAGUAAUGUCACAGCGACAUAUGAUAGAUGGACGAUGGUGUGACUGUAAACUUCCAAAUUCUAAGCAAAGCCCAGAUGAGCCUUUGAGAAGCAGAAAGGUGUUUGUUGGGCGUUGUACGGAAGACAUGACUGCUGAUGAGUUGCGGCAGUUUUUUUGCCAGUACGGAGAAGUGGUAGAUGUCUUCAUUCCCAAACCGUUCAGGGCUUUUGCCUUUGUUACGUUUGCAGAUGAUCAGGUUGCCCAGUCUCUUUGUGGAGAGGACUUGAUCAUUAAAGGAAUCAGCGUACAUAUAUCCAAUGCUGAACCUAAACACAAUAGCAAUAGACAGUUAGAAAGAAGUGGAAGAUUUGGUGGUAAUCCAGGUGGCUUUGGGAAUCAGGGUGGAUUUGGUAACAGUAGAGGGGGUGGAGCUGGUUUGGGAAACAAUCAAGGUAGUAAUAUGGGUGGAGGGAUGAACUUUGGUGCUUUUAGCAUUAAUCCAGCAAUGAUGGCUGCAGCCCAGGCAGCUCUGCAGAGCAGCUGGGGUAUGAUGGGCAUGUUAGCCAGUCAGCAGAACCAGUCAGGCCCAUCAGGUAAUAACCAAAGCCAAGGCAACAUGCAGAGGGAGCCGAAUCAGGCUUUUGGUUCUGGAAAUAACUCUUACAGUGGUUCUAAUUCAGGUGCAGCAAUUGGUUGGGGAUCAGCAUCAAAUGCAGGGUCAGGCAGUGGUUUUAAUGGAGGCUUUGGCUCAAGCAUGGAUUCUAAAUCUUCUGGCUGGGCAAUGUAGACAUUGGGUUAUCGUUGGUAUAAACUGGUGGGAAUUCAGAUUUUUCUAAACUCAUGGUAAGUAUAUUGUAAAAUACGUAUGUACUAAGAAUUUUCAAAAUUGGUUUGUUCAGUGUGGAGUAUAUUCAGCAGUAUUUUUGACAUUUUUCUUUAGAAAAAGAGGAAGAGCUAAAGGAAUUUUAUAAGUUUUGUUACAUAAAGGGUUGAAAUAUUGAGUGUUUGAAAGUGAACUGCUGUUUGCCUGAUUGGUAAACCAACACACUACAAUUGAUAUCAAAAGGUUUCUCCUGUAAUAUUUUAUCCCUGGACUUGUCAAGUGAAUUCUUUGCAUGUUCAAAAUGGAAACCAUUGGUUAGAACUACAUUCUUCUCUCCUUGUUUUAAUUUGAACCCCACCAUACGGAUUUUUUCCUUAGGAAAAUCUCCUUUUUGGAGAUCAUGGUGUCACAGUGUUUGGUUCUUUUGUUUUUUGUUUUUGUUUUUUAACACUUGUCUCCCUUCAUAUACAAAAGUACAAUAUGAAGCCUUCAUUUAAUCUCUGCAGUUCAUCUCAUUUCAAAUGUUUAUGGAAGAAGCACUUCAUUGAAAGUAGUGCUGUAAAUAUUCUGCCAUAGGAAUACUUCUGUCUACAUGCUUUCUCAUUCAAGAAUUCGUCAUCACGCUGCACAGGCUGUGUCUUUGACGGUGGGUGUCCCAUUUUUAUCCGCUACUCUUUAUUUCAUGGAGUCGUAUCAACGCUAUGAACGCAAGGCUGUGAUAUGGAACCAGAAGGCUGUUUGAACUUUUGAAACCUUGUGUGGGAUUGAUGGUGGUGCCGAGGCAUGAAAGGCUAGUAUGAGCGAGAAAAGGAGAGAGCGCGUGCAGAGACUUGGUGGUGCAUAAUGGAUAUUUUUUAACUUGGAGAGAUGUGUCUCUCAAUCCCUGUGGCUUUGGUGAGAGAGUGUGCAGAGAGCAAUGAUAGCAAAUAAUGUACGAAUGUUUUUUGCAUUCAAAGGACAUCCACAUCUGUUGGAAGACUUUAAGUGAGUUUUGUUCUUAGAUAACCCACGUUAGCUGAAUGUGUUAAGUGAAACGAUACUUGUAUUUCCCCUACCCCUUUGUCAACUGCUGUGAAUGCUGUAUGGUGUGUGUUCUCUUCUGUUAUUGAUCUGUAAGUGUGGUAAUGUGAACUGAAGCUGAUGGGUUGAGAAGAUGGACUGAGCUUGUGGUGUGCUUUGCAGGAGUACUUGGAAGCAGAGUUCACCAGUGAGCUCGGGGUGUCUCACAAUAGGGUGGAAGUUCUAAUGUCUGUUAGCUACCCAUAAGAAUGCUGUUUGCUGCAGUUCUGUGUCCUGUGCUUGGAUGCUUUUUAUAAGAGUUGUCAAUGUUGGAAAUUCUUAAAUAAAACUGAUUUAAAUAA